AUGCACAAAAGAGUUGGCAUUGGUGCGCUAAACAAGGAUCCUAUCAAACAAUAUGAGCAAGUAGGCAAUGAAUUAAUAGAGCAGCAGGCUGAAGAGAUUGCUUCUCAGUUAUCGACGUUUCAGGAGGCUCUAAAAAACUUUGCUAAAGAGCAUGCUGUUGAAAUUCGCAACAAUGCUGAAUUUCGUAAAACAUUUACAAAGUUGUCUCUGAAAAUUGGCUUAGAUCCGCUAGUCAGCGGUUCGAGAGAAUCUGCGUGGUCGGCUGUCGGCAUGAAUGAAUUUUAUCUACAAGUUGCUGUUCGUGUGGUUGAAGUUUGCCAUGCAACACAACUGGAAAAUGGAGGGCUAGUUUCUGGCAGUCGUGUUUGCGAAUUUCUGAAUGGCGAAAAUGAAGCUUCAGGGUAUGACUUGCUAACGGAAGACGAUAUCGUUCGCGCCGUAUUAGCUUUGAAACCCCUUGGUCCAGGCUGUGAUAUUGAAGAAAUUGCCGGCAAGCGUUAUAUCAGGUCACUGCCAUUGGAACUUAGCAAAGAUCAGAAUUUUGUGUUGGAAGCGGUUGAGGUACUUGGUUAUGUCACUGCUUCCAUACUAAAAGACAACUAUGGUUGGGACCGGGGGCGAUGCAUCCACGUACUGAAUGACUUAGUUUCAAAAUCACUUUUAUGGGUUGACAAUCAAUCUAUGGAAACUACCUACUGGGGAGCCAGUACAUUACUUGAUGAAAAAUCAAAUCAGAUAGUCGAGUGGUAA